AUGUCGGAUGAGCUGCCGGUCCCCGCCAUCAACGGUGAUACCGUGCCCGCUCACAAGACCAGAGACGAGCCUCGAAGCGACGCCCCUUUCUCAUGGCUGCAACCCCACCCAACCUUCCUCAUUGUGCUCGUCGGACCCGAUGAGAAACCGUUCGGCAUCCACAAAGAUUUUCUGUGCGCCAGGUCAACAUAUUACCGGGAAUUCUUCACGAAGGAGGAAAAUGCCACCUCGGACACUGUUGAGCACGUGGUGAAGCUCCCUCACACCACAUCCGAGGUGUUUGGCUUGAUGCAGCUUUUUCUCUUCACGGGACAAGUUUCGGAGGAAGUUGACACGUUCCCGUCCUACGAGGCACUUAUUGGAGUUUGGAAACUGGGACACGAACUUGGCAUCGACGGCCUCUGCGACAAGACCCUUGAGGCAAUGAAGGAGUGCAGACGGCUUACUCGGCAGAUUCCCGCCACUCCUCUCCUCGUUCAAGUAUGGAAGGACACUCCGGAAGGCUCAACCAUUCGCAAACUCCUCCUCUCGUGGGCAGCUGAGUACAUGCGGUCGUCCGAUGCUAGAGCCGAGUUCGCCAAGUCGCUUCCUCAGGAGGUCCUCAGCGAACUGGUCGUGGCCAUGAGCUCCCUCGAGAAUCAGCCUUCCCCGCCGGCAGCUCCCGCCGAUACAGCCUCCGCCGAGCCCACCCCUCGCAAAAGUGUGCACUACCUGGAAGAGGAUAGCGAUGAUGAGCGAGAGCACCUCUCCAAGAAGAACCGACGCGCUUCCGCGCCGUUACCGUCCUCCCAGAACAACAGCUCCAAGUCGCUUGCCCGCGCCCCGGCCCCACCAGUUCGCAAAGCGGCGGCCGCGGCUGCAGCUGCGGCGGCACCGCGUCCGAAGCCUGUGGUCCAGAAGCGCCGCAGCAUCGCCUCGGUGCCUAGUGGUGAAAUCAGCACCGAAAAGAAAGUUGAAUUCUGCGCCGAUCUCCUCGACAGGAUGCUUUCGGGACCUGGCUUCUGGACCAGACUAGUGGGCCCUUUCAAGGAGCCCGUCGACCCCGUUGAGGACGGGGUUCCCGACUACUUCGACAAGGUUAAGAAGCCCAUGGACCUUAAUACUGUCAAGGCAAAGAUGGCGCGUCAUGAGUACCAGACGGAGGAUCAGUUUGCCGCGGAUGUACGCCAAAUCUUCGAUAACUGCUACACGUACUGGUCCAAGGGUGACCCCAUGUGGGCCGCUUGCGAGAAGUUCCAGAAAACGUUUGAAGAAAAGUAUGCGCAAAUGCACAAGAACAUCUCCAAGAUGAUGCGCGAGCCGGUCGAUUGA